AUAAAAUAGCUUACUCAUACGAUGUGCCAGCUUGUAAUAAGAGCAUCAGCAUUUCAUAAAAACUGGCGUUAAUCGGUUAAAUAUUUUCUAUGUUUCAUGCAGUUUCAUGAGCAGGGACGCUGGACAAAUGAAUGUCUAUGUAAGUCCUUAAACUUUCGGCAAGCAUGUGACCUGAAGCUGGUCUAUAAUUGGUUUCUUAAAGAUUCACCUCCUGGCGAAUCAGAAUUGGAUACAUGUUAUUUUAUGCAAUCUGAUUGAUUCUCGACACCUGUCAUUCAACUUUACGCUCUUGACCACUACUCACGCAGGCGCGUCACUGCGCCAAAACCUUGCAAGCUGACAAUCACACAAAUCACUUUCGUAGAGAUAAUGGCAGCAGUUAAACCAAAUUUUGCCACUGAUUUACAAAAAAAAAUAAAAAAUGUACAAGACGUUAAGAGGAUAGAGGACUGGACCAACCCGAUUUACAAAUCCAGCAGCAGGCCAGUGACCGAGGAUGAAGCUACCCCCGGGGCUUCACCAUGGGCUUCACCGCUCUUGUUAUGCGAAAGAUAGAUAGAGCUCAGAUAACCCGCGGGUUGGUGGAUUUUGUUGCCUCUCUUGAUGGAGCUUUGAAUGAGCACCUUGACAGCACCACUGUAUUCAAGGGAACGUCAAAAACUAUACAGAACGAGCUUCUGGACUGUAUGUUGUCUGCUACAAGAGAAAAAAAUAAUCACCGAAGUCCAGACAAGUGAAGUGAAGACGGAGCUCAGUCUCCUCUACAGCAAGGAAGAGUUCAAAGCCUGCCGUGGUGCUGUGGAGCUAGUCCAGCUGUUUAUGGAAAAUAAUCUUGAAGAAGUCUUUUCCAAAACUGUCACUCUCAUGAAAGUUGUCAUAACCACACCCAUGACCACAGCUGGAGCUGAGAGGUGCUUCUCAACCUUGAAAAGAAUAAAAACUUUUCUCAGAAACACCAUGACCCAGGAGAGGCUGAAUGCACUGGCCAUGCUGUCCAUGGAAAAGAGACUUGUUACUGAGAAAUUUGCUGGCCAGAAGGAAAGGAGAGCAAAAUGUAUGUUCAAGUAGUUAACCUGCUUUUUGGUAGUGGCUGGGAGGAUAUAGUUAAAAAGAACUCAGUCAGAGUCACUAUCUUCUUAUGUUUGUAACUUGAAUCUUGUAUCGUAUUGUCUCGCUCUUCUUAAAUACAUAGUUGUUUAAAUAAAGUAGUGCUGGUUGUUUUACCCAGUUUCAAAUUACUGUUUUGUAUAUGUAUCACCAGCCGCCACUGUCUGCAGCUGUGAUCUCCCCCACUGGACUUGAAAGCGGAAGUCUUUCUUGAACAAAUAGUAGUUCCCAUUAUCUUUCACAUCUUAUAAGCCAGAUCACCCACAGAGGAACUAAUUUCUUUUCAGAAGACAGAAUGAAUAAAUCCUCCUGUACUCGCGUCAGCUUUGACUUUGAACACAGAUUCUUGCCUCCUGUUUUCAUCUUAGUCUUCAUCAUUGGUCUGCUAGCUAAUGGAUGGGGAUUGAAGUCUUUGCUGCAGAAUUGGAAGAAACUGGGUAUCGUUAAUGUGUUUGUUCUCAAUCUUGGACUUGCUGAUAUUCUGUACCUGCUCACACUCCCCUUUUUGGUGGUGUACUAUUUUAUGAAGAGCAAGUGGAUCUUUGGAGACACAUUCUGCAAGAUAACAAGAUUCUGCUUCAACCUGAAUUUAUAUGGCAGCAUCGGGUUCCUUACAUGUAUAAGUGUGUACAGGUACCUGGCUAUUGUCCAUCUAGUGAAAGUGAUGGGAAGAUUAACUCUGACUCACUCUGUGGGGAUCUCAGUCAUGGUUUGGUUCUUGGUGAGCAUUCAAAGUCUUCCGGACAUGUUCUACAGCAAAACAUUUGGAAACAAGCCUGGGAAAUGUUAUGAUACUACCCAUAAGAUAUAUGUGGAUGAUUACCUGAAAUACAGCCUUGGAUGGACAUUCACUGGGUUUUGUAUCCCAUUGCUCAUCACAUUGGGCUGCUAUGGACAUGUGAUUGUCGUUCUCUGCCGCACAAAUGCCACUCACAAGGUACUGAAACAGAGAAGCUUGAAGUUGUUGUUCAUCGUGAUUCUUCUCUUCUCUGUUUGUUACAUCCCCUAUCAUGUACUGAAGAACCUCAACCUCUGGUCAAGAGUUCUGCAAAAACAGAAGAUAUGCCGUGAAUGGUCUAAUGGAGUCUACAUUGCUCAUCAGAUAAGUCGUGGCUUUGUGUGUCUGAACAGUGCUCUCAACCCUCUGGUUUACCUCCAUGGAAAUGAAGAUAUUCCUGCUCAGCUCAGACAGCUGCUCCAGCAAGUUCGUCGGAUGUCCAGCCGGUUGUUUCGGUCAAACUCCGGCUCUGUGCCUGUGGCUGAAACUGCAGAUGAAGUUCAACAAGAGUUAGGAUUUUAACAUGAACUGUUAUAGUAAUAAAUCUAUAGCUAUCAUCACAACUAGUAGUGUGAAUUGAUUAUAGAAGUGUUGAAAUUAAUCAAAUAAUCGAUUCAUCGAAUCGUGGACAUGG